AUGGACCGAACAGUCUUACCUGUGCCAAAACAGAUAUGCCAUGAUCACUACUUCAGUGCACUUGAUGUGUGUGUUCUUUCCGUUGUGUGGGUGGGUUUGCAGCUUCAGUCCAACGACAAAGCUGUUCCCCGUUGCUGUCCUCAAGUAUCGGAAUUCCUGGAUGCGUAA